AUGUCCACCAUGAUCGACCCGACCAAGCAGGCCGAAUACUCUAUCGUCUUGGGUGAGAGACUGGCCAACAAUACAAACUCCGAUCGUCUGAUCAAUGUCAACUACAAUUACAAGUCCAAAGCUGCAACGCCUCAACAGCGAGCAUCCAUCACCCGUUCCUCCCUGUCGCGCGAUCUCUACGACCUGUCCGUCACGGAUAAGCCACCCAGCGCCGAUCACACCUUGACCUAUUCAUACCAAGGCAGCGAAGACCCGACCGGUGAGCGAGCCCUCGUCUUGGUAUUCGACCCUGACCGUAAGGUCUUUGUGCUGGAGCCGGUCUCUUCCAAAUUGAAUUUCAAUCUACGGUCGGCGCCGGGGAAGACGGAGAAGCAAGUCCUGGAACAAUACGAGCAGCUACGGAUAUCACAGGAGGAUGAUCACACCUCGGGCGAUGAUCGGAAUGGAGGGAACACGAGUGAAGAUGAAGGUCCGGCCGAUGAUAGCAAUCCAUACGAUUUUCGACACUUCCUCCCCAAGGAGGGAGCCGAGGACGUGAAGCCCGUCUCGCGGAACUCUACGCCAGAGCCGGUAUACACCAGCAAAGCGAACACGCCAGCGUUACCGCCUGCCAGAUCUGCAGCAAAGCCUGCACCCCGACCAAAGACCCAAAAGCCUCAAACGAACCCUCUCCGAGAAACCAAGCGGGUACAGAAGCCGCCCGUAAAGCCGAAGAUCCCCCGGGAUACACCCGCGGAGCAACCCCGGGAGCUAGUCUCACGCACAGAACCACCAGUCCACCAGGACGACUCUCGGCUGUCAAUAUCAGAUGCAGGCACCGGCAAUGGCUCACAACCGUCCAUUCAAUCACCCGGUUCAAACAUCAUCAUCGAUGGGGAAUUGAUUAUCGACAUGGGCUCACCACCGCCCCGACGAGCCUUCAAAGUCAAUCCCUCCUUCUUCUCCUCGAAUAAUACACCUACCGACGACAGGGAAGGCCAUGAGUCGGAAGAGGAAAUGGAGUCGUUCCGACUCCCCUCCCCAGCCAGAGAUACCAAGCCCGCCUUCUCAGCUCCCGCCGAUACCGGAGAUGAUAUGGAGGACGAUGAUGCUCUGGCCGCGGAGAUGGAAGCCGCUUUUGAAGCGAGUGCGCGUGAGGAAGAGGCUCGCAGCCACGAGUAUGGUCAGAGUAGCUAUCAGGUGGCUAGUGAUGAUGAGAGUGAAGUCAGUGAGGAGGAGUAA